AGAAGACUGGAGGCUGCAAUCCCUUCCAUAGGGGCUUCAAAACCGGCAGACAUGCACGUACCCACGAACCUAACGCAGUCUCUGGAAAAUGCCUUUAAAAAAGUCUUUGAGGAUUACAUGAACAGCUGGCGCAACAAUCAGACGGUGGAGAACAAUGAAUUACAGGACACGCUCAAUGCUGAGAAUUUCGACUAUGUCAUCCUGUAUCUUAUGGUGAUGAUUGGCAUGUUCUCCUUCAUCAUUGUGGCCAUCUUGGUGAGCACCACCCGCUCCAAGAGACAUAAACAGCUGGACGACCCUGAUCCUUACAGCAGAUACAUCGCCAAUGACUUCUCUGAGAGGAAGGGAAUGGUUCUGGAAAACCCAGGUCCCAAAUCAUAUGCUGCUUCAAUGUCACCAUAG